AAUAGACCCAACUGAGCAAAAUCCCACUCCUCUGUCCUGCAAUUACACCCAUUUCUCUCCCAAAAUCUCUCCCAAACAACGCAAUUUUUUCCUAAGCCAAUUCUUCAGCUCACUCGAGAGACACAGAGAUUUCCAUUCUUUAAUGAUACGUUUUUAGGCAUUUCCUAAGAACAUCCAACAACCCCAAAAGAAAAAUGGGUAAAAAAUGGCAAAUGGGGCAAUACGGUGUAGGGUCUUCUCAAAUCUCAAUCAGUCGCUUUUGAGCUAGCUCUCCACCGACGCUCCAACCACUUCGCCUACUGUUCAAUGGACUCAAGAUCCACCUCAAAACCCAAUUCUCUUCCCAAAUUGCAGUUCUAGAAUCUAGAAUCACCACCCUCUGGCCUCUUUCCCUUUUCUCUCUCUCCCUCUUUAGGUUUUAUGAGAUUUGACUUUGGGAAUCCGGCAAUUUCUCGACCGGAUUUGGUUGCUUGCGAUCUCACUUGAAAAGGGGCUGUUGGGUUGACUAAUGGUGGCUUGAUUUUUGCGAAAGAAGAUCAUGUCGUGGAAUGUGGGAUGUGCCUGAAGUUGAAAAUAUGCCAGGAGGAUCAACAGGCUCUGAAGAAGAAAAGUUAAAACUGGUUUCAGAGGGUUGUAACACAUCAACUAAGGACGGAAACAAUGAGUCCAAAGACAUUCUGGGAGAAGUUUCCAAGACACAUAAUGCUAUACAGACUUUGGAUAAAACAAUUUCAAGUUUGGAGAUGGAAUUAGCUGCUGCAAGGGCUGCGCAGGAUUCUAUUCUAAACGGUUCUCCAUUGAUGGAAAAUGUUAAGCUUUCCGAAUCAGGUCAUAAAAAGAAAUAUCUAAUGGUCGUUGGUAUUAAUACUGCAUUUAGUAGUCGGAAACGCCGGGACUCAGUUCGUGCCACUUGGAUGCCUCAAGGUGACAAAAGAAAGAAGCUCGAGGAAGAAAAAGGCAUUGUCGUCCGCUUUGUAAUUGGUCACAGUACUACAGCGGGUGGUAUUCUCGAUAGAGCUAUCGAAGCUGAGGACAAAAGGCAUGGUGAUUUUUUGAGGCUGGAUCAUGUUGAAGGUUACCUCGAGUUGUCAGCCAAGACAAAAGCUUACUUUGCCACUGCUGUCGCAUUAUGGGAUGCUGAUUUUUACGUCAAAGUCGAUGAUGAUGUGCAUGUCAACAUAGCAACGCUUGGAUCAACAUUAGCUAGACAUCGGUCAAAGUCCCGAGUUUACAUUGGAUGUAUGAAAUCCGGUCCUGUUCUUGCCCAAAAAGGAGUCAGAUACCAUGAACCCGAGUACUGGAAAUUCGGGGAAGAAGGAAACAAGUACUUCCGCCACGCCACGGGACAGCUUUAUGCCAUUUCCAAGGAUUUGGCAACUUACAUAUCAAUUAACCAGCAUAUGCUUCACAAGUAUGCGAACGAGGACGUUUCAUUGGGUUCUUGGUUUAUCGGAUUGGACGUGGAGCAUAUCGAUGACAGGAGAUUAUGUUGUGGCACCCCACCUGAUUGUGAGUGGAAGGCUCAGGCAGGCAACAUAUGCAUCGCUUCGUUCGACUGGAGUUGCAGCGGAAUAUGCAAGUCGGUGGAGCGGAUGAAGGAGGUUCAUCGCCGUUGCGGAGAAGGGGAGAAUGCAUUGAUGAGUGCAGUUUUCUGAUAAGCAAU